CUCCAAGACGCAUACACCCCUCUGCAUCCGGUUAACCUCAAGUCUGAUCUGCAGCACCAUCAAUACAAAAUGGCGAACCCAUACGCACGCAACCCUGGCCUCGCCAACACCUACAUGACUCUCGACCAGAGGGGCAAGGUGCAGGCCGAGUACAUCUGGAUCGACGGCGAUGGCGAGAUCCGCGGCAAGACCACCACGGUCGACAGCCCGGUCAACUCAAUCAAGGACCUGAAGGAGUGGAACUUUGACGGUUCCUCCACCAACCAGGCGCCCGGCGGCAACUCGGAUGUCUACCUGCGCCCGGCGGCCAUGUUCCCAGAUCCGUUCCGUCUGGGUGACAACAUCAUCGUGCUCGCCGAGUGCUACAACAACGACGGCACGCCCAACAAGAGCAACCACCGGUACGCCUGCAAGAAAAUCAUGGACCAGGUUACCGCCCAGAAGCCAUGGUUCGGCAUCGAGCAGGAGUACUCGCUGUUCGACAUGGAUGACAAGCCCUACGGCUGGCCCAAGGGCGGCUUCCCCGGUCCCCAAGGCCCAUACUACUGCGGUGUCGGUGCCGGCAAAGUUUACGCACGUGACCUCGUCGAGGCCCACUACCGCGCUUGCAUGUACGCUGGCGUCAACAUCUCCGGCAUCAACGCCGAGGUCAUGCCUGCACAGUGGGAGUUCCAGGUGGGUCCGUGUGAGGGCAUUUCCAUGGGCGACCAUUUGGUCAUGGCAAGAUAUCUGCUCAUUCGCAUCGCCGAAGAGUGGGGCGUCAAGGUAUCCUUCCACCCCAAGGCUGUUCCCGGCGACUGGAACGGAGCUGGCUGCCACACCAACUACUCGACAGAAGACAUGCGCAACCCGGGCGGUAUGAAGGCUAUCGACGAUGCCAUCGAAAAACUGUCCAAGCGGCACGAGGCUCAUAUCGCGGUCUACGGCGCGGACAAUGAAAAGCGUCUCACCGGCAAACAUGAAACCGGCCAUAUUGGCCAGUUCAGCGCCGGUGUCGCCAACCGCGGCGCGAGUAUCCGUAUUCCGCGCCACGUCGCGGCGCAGGGCUACGGCUACCUCGAGGACCGCAGGCCGGCGUCCAACAUUGACCCAUACCAGGUCACUGGCAUCAUCGCUGAGACAACGCUGCUGCAAUAAGCGACUCAUCGAUAUCUGCUGCCUCUGUUUCGUUUCUAACUUUUUGCGCGGGCUGGGAAGACACGAGCGCCUAUGGGCGAGCGAGAGCGACGAGGAAAAGAGCUCGUAGAGGCAAUGAUACGCGGCCUUGGAGGGAGAAGAGGAAAGAGACUAUCUUGAACAGGACAGGUCAAACAGAAAGAGUGGACAGCGGGAAAAAAAUAAAGAGUCAGGUUUCCUCUUUCUUGAUAAUGUGUCGCUUUUCUCUUUCGUGUCCAACUGUACAUUCCCUAUUUCAAUGAUUCAACGCCUGCUUGCGAUCACGUGCCA